ACAAACUUGUUUGUUUUUGCAGGUUACACACCGAGUCGACUGGUUUGUGCCACGAUGGCCGUUUUGGGCCCGCAAUUUGGCUCGCCCCGACUAUCAAAUUGACCCGACCCGAACGCGCUAGUGGGCACCCCCUAUUACACUAGCCUUAAAAAGCUAUCCCAUAAAGCAUCUGCACGCGUAUGUAUACAGGCACAGACAAACGAACUCUCCACGCAGCACGUGAGUCGGGUUAAAACAAGGAAACAAAAACGACGACAACAAUAGCAACAAAAAACCCAUCCCAUUCCUUUUAAACCAAAAUUAAGUUCCGUUUGACCUCACUACAAAUCCACUAACCGGCCACGUACCAACUAACUGCAUAUGCUCUAGGUCCAAGUGAUCCGAUCGUCCCCGCCGUACGGGGUGUGCCAAAGUGUCGACUCAACAGAAAACAGCCUACUAGACAUGUUCGGUGGAAAGUACUCGGAACCAGCUUGUCGAAAAACGUGCUACCAGCAGGAAAUGUACUCUAGUUGCCAUUGUUGUGACAUCCAGUACCCGUGUUUGGAAGAAAAGCUAGUCAAGAUCACGGGCAUCAACCCGACAGGCGGGUACAUCCGAUUUUGUAACGUCUCGGACACCUACCAAACAGAUUGUGCGGAGAACGUGCAUGAAGACUUCAUGGCCGGUAAACUGGGCUGCUCAAAGCGCUGCCCGCCCCCCUGUGAUGAAGAGCAAUUUCAGUAUAUGGUCUCCUCUGGAACAUGGCCCAGCGUCACUUUCUCUGCAACAUUCAUCGACAAAGUCAACGCCGCCGCUCAAGGGGGGAUGGGGAAGUACCUGGACUUUGCCAAAGACCCGUUGUUCGUGCGGAACAAUUUCCUGCGGCUGGUUGUGUAUGACGAAGCCAUGACCUUCCAGGUGUUGGAGUCACAACCACUGUACGACUGGAGUCGACUCCUCUCAGACAUCGGUGGCCAGUUGGGUCUCUGGCUGGGUUUCUCGCUUAUGACCGCCGUCGAGUGGCUGGAGCUGUUAUACGACGUCGUUCUGAACAUCGGCUGCAAGCUUUGUAACAGGCAUCCCAAUAAACCCCACCCGGAAGGGGACACUUUAUCUGUAAGCUAAACAAGAAAAAGUACCCGAGGGGGUGGAGUACUUUACCUUUAAGGAAGUUGCACCCGC